UUUUUCUCUUUUUUUUUUCAUUUGAAUCAUUUCAAUGUUUUGAAACUCAAAAAAAUCUUGAAAAACAAGGGGAUAUGUUGCCAAAUUUUUUUCUAUUUCCUUUCCUAAGUUAUUUCCUCAUAUUUUUUUCUUGUUUUUGAAUGCUAUUUUUCCCAAAUGAUUCAUUGUCAUUUUUUUUGUUGAUUUUCCAUAAAACCCUGCUGCUUCUUUUUUUUCAUGUUAAAUCAGCAAUGGCAAGUUCAACUCCAAGGGCAACCCCAAGGUCAGGAAAACAAAGAGAUAAAGCAUGGAAAUAUGAGAUUCUAGGAAGCAAAAAGGGGGAGGUCACUUGCACUCAUUUGUGAUUUUCUUUGGUUAUAGCAGGUUUGUAGGGUUUGAAGGAGGAGAGGGAAGAAGAAAAAAUCAGCAAAAGAGAUCUAGGUAAGGAUUUUUCCUCUUCUUUUUUUUUUCAUUUGAAUCAUUUCAAUGUUUUGAAACUCAAAAAAAUCUUGAAAAACAAGGGGAUAUGCUAUCAAAUUUUUUUCUAUUUCCUUUCCUAAGUUAUUUCCUCAUAUUUUUUUCUUGUUUUUGAAUGCUAUUUUUCCCAAAUGAUUCAUUUUCAUUUUUUUUGUUGAUUUUCCAUAAAACCCUGCUUGUUUUUUUUUUUCAUGUUAAAUCAGCAAUGGCAAGUUCAACUCCAAGGGCAACCCCAAGGUCAGGAAGACAAAGAGAUAAAGCAUGAAAUAUGGGAUUCUAGGAAGCAAAAAGGGGGAGGUCACUUGCACCGAAUGUACAAAAUGGAUGACUAGUGGAAUCAAUAGAUUAAAAUACCACCUUGAACAAAUACCUGGAUAUGGUGUGGAGGCAUGCCCCAAAUCAACUCCUGAGAUUAUUAGAGAGAUGAAGGCCAUUCUUGCUGAGAAUGAUAUGCAAAAGGAAGAAAGGAAAAAAACAAAAGAAGCCAUGACAACUGCAAUGAAUCCCACAUUGUCCACUUCGGGUCCCAUUGUUCACACUCAAGGUUGUCAGUCACUUUCAUCUUUUGGUGACAAUGAGGGUGAGGCUAGUGGCACUCUUGUUAGAUCAGACCCUAAUUUUUUGUACCACACAAUGUUCCAGGUGCACAACCUUCACUUGAAGGUACAAGAUGGAAUAGAGAGAAGCAUGAACAAGCACAGAUAACAGCUUCAAACUUUUGGUUUAACAAUAAUCUAUCUUUCAAUGCAGCAAACAAUGUGUAUUGGGAAGGUUUUGUUAAUGCAGUAACAAUUGUGGGUAAGGGGUUUAAGGCCCCAACAGGUUAUGACUUCAGUGGGCCAUUGCUAGAGAAAGUUGUGCAAAAUACACAAGGUGUGGUUGAUGAUCAGAAAAGGUAUUGGAAGAGAAAAGGAUGCAACAUUUUAUCUGAUGGAUGGACAGAUGGACGAAAUAGAACUCUUCUCAACUUCUUGGUGGCUUCAAAUGGUGCAAUGGUAUUCAUAAAGUCUAUUGACGCCUCAAAUGAAAUAAAAAAUGCAGACUUUGUGUAAUCUGUUGGAUGGUGUGGUUCAAGAAGUUGGAGUUGAGAAUGUUGUCCAAAUUAUCACGGACAACGUAGCUGUAUAUGUAUCUAUAGGUAGAAUGCUUAUGGAGAGGCAUCCUUUGAUUACAUGGAUUCCUUGUGCGGCACAUUGCUUAGACUUGAUGCUAGAGGACAUUGGGAAGAUUGGAUGGGUGAAGAAGGUGGUUGAAGAUGCAAGAAGUGUCACCAAAUUCAUCUACAAUGCUUUGAUGGGAAAACACACAAAUGGCAAGGACCUUGUGCGACCUGGAGUGACACGAUUUGCUAGCCACUUCAUCACUUUGCAAAGCAUUCUUAGUGCCAUUCCUCAUCUUAAGCAGAUGUUUGUGUUAGAUGCUUGGUUGGGGUCUGCAUACUCCAAAAGACUUGAAGCAGAGAAGAUUGUGAGCAUUGUUUUUGAUGAAGGGUUCAAUAAAAGUAGAGAGGAGUUGACUGCGGUGACAGAACCUUUGGUAAGAGUUCUUCGUAUGGUGGAUGGAGAGGGCAUGCCAAUGGGUUUCAUUUAUGAGGCCAUGGAUAGGGCCAAAGAGGCCAUUUCACAUUGCUAUCGUGGAAAUACAAGAAAAUGUAAACUCCUUUGGUGCAUCAUUGAUCGUAGGUGGGCAAACCAACUGCACCUACCGAUACAUGCCUUCGCCUACUUUUUGAACCCGAAAUUCUACUUCUCUGAUUCAUUUAGGGUUGAUGAGUAGGUCAUGGCAGGUGUUAUUACAUGGAUUGAUAACAUGACACCUGAUCUUGAGUUGAGAGACAAGGUUCUUGAUGAGUUGGAGAUCUACAAAAGUGCAAAGGGGAGACUCUUUUCAUCACAACUAGCAAUUAAUAGGAGAGGAAAACAACAACCAGAUUUAUGGUGGGAGAAUUAUGGUGCUGGCACGCCCAAUCUUCAAAAGAUAGCUAUCCGUGUUUUGUCUCAGCCAUGCAGUGCUUCUGGGUGUGAACAAAAUUGGAGUGUAUUUGAGAGCAUUCAUACAAAAAAGAGAAAUAGAUUGACACACAAGUGGCUAAAUGAUCUAGUAUUUGUUCGGUACAACCUUCGCCUUUGAGUUAGACAGGUGGAGGGUGUUUCACAUGAGGCCAUUGACUUGGAUGAAAUUGAUCCAUAUGGUGAUUGGACCAUGAAUGAACAAAAUGAUGGUGACGAUGUCCUCCUUACCGAAGAAGAAAUUGCAGAAAUAGAGAGAGGAGCAGCACAAGAUGCAGAAGGAGAAAGAUUGGAUGAAAUGGAGGAUGAAGAUGAGGACGAGGAUGAGGACUUUGACUUUGAAGAAGAAUCAUCUCACCAUUUAGAUACCACAACACCCACUGCUACUACUUCUAGCUCAAGCCCUGAAAAAUUGAGCUAAAUUAGGAAAAAUACAAAGAGGAAGAUGUAGUCUUCUCUUUGAUUUGUUCAUUGUUGUUUUUCACAUUUGGAGUUGGAGUUGGACAUAUCAUUAUAUGUAAUUUUGUGAACAUUUAUAUACUUAU